CCGAUCACUUCUGAGGGACCCCCCUCGCCUGGAGACAUGUUCGUCGGUUACCUGCCGCUGGACAAGGACCCCGCGAUGUACGCGCACCAGACGUCGGUGACCCGGCACCCGGGUCUCAGCAUCAGCCCGCAGAACUACCCGGUUCCGCCCCCACCACAGUACGCGGACUUUACCAGCUACCACCACCACGGCCUCAGCAACGACCCGGUUCAGCAGGCCGGGUCCGGCGCGGGCGGGUGGUGCCCGGCCUACCCUCCGCCCCCUCCUCGAGACGAGUGGUCGCCGCACCACUACGCCGCCGCGGCAGGUGGCCCCCUCGCGGCCUCCAACGUGCCCGGGCCCGGGGGACCCAGUCCGGGAUUCAGUCCUCCGGAACUCACCGGGCAGCCGCCUGCGCUCUUGCCGUCGUCCUUGAACACCUCAGUGGGACAGUUGUCACCUCAGCGGCGGAACCCGUACGAAUGGAUUCGACGCUCGGCCCCGCUCUCCAACCCGAAUGGGAAGACCAGGACCAAAGACAAGUACCGGGUGGUCUACACUGACCACCAACGGCUGGAGCUGGAGAAGGAGUUCCACUACAGUAAAUACAUCACCAUCAGGCGGAAGGCCGAGCUUGCGACAUCGCUAAAUCUCUCCGAAAGACAGGUGAAGAUUUGGUUCCAGAAUCGACGAGCCAAAGAGCGAAAAAUUAACAAGAAGAAACUCCAGCAGCCAGCGCCGUCCACCACGACGCCCACGCCGCCUUCGGGCGGAGGCGGCAGCGGCGGCGCUCUUCACAGCAACAGUGGCACUAGCAAUGUGGCGAUGGUGAGCAGCAGCAGCGGUCUGGUCUCUCCAUCCUCCCUGCCUUUGAACAUCAAAGAGGAAUUCUGA